CAUUCGCCCUGUCGUAGCAAUAACACUGGCCCGCAAGUAUUUGCGUAGAGAGCUGACUUCUUGCGCUAUCCGCUGUCGCGGCGUAAAGUUUUGUUCGCAGCAUUUGGUCUGUGAGAGCUGACUCUGUGAGAGCUGACUCCGUGAGAGCGCAGCACGAGAUUGAUGCGUCAGCGCCUGCUACCGUUACUCAUUCUGCGCCGCACGAUGGCCUACUAUAGAGCCGACGGCGUGCGCAUCACGCACGACCCCUACGCUCGCGGCAUGGCGGAGAAGUACGGCGCUCCCGGCAAGACGGACGCUGACGGCUUCGACCCAUACGCCGAUUCAGUCGGUCCCGGCAUCUACGGCGGCACGGUCAAACGAGACGACAUGGGCCAGGUCGUCAUCGGCCGUCAGUACCAAAACCAUAAUCCUCGGCCCGGACCGGUCUACAGCGGCGGCGGCUACACGCCGACGUCCAAGCGCCUCUCCGACGCGGCGGCUCUCGAGGCGUGGUUAAACGAGCAUCCCGAUUUGGUCAACGAGAUCACUACCGGCGGCGCUCAACCGCUCCACAACUGCGGCAUGUCGGCGCGCAACCAAGGUCAGGUGGCGCUCUUGGUCUCCAAAGGUGCCGAUAUCGAAGCCGUCGACACGUACGGCUAUACGCCACUCCACCGGAUGGCGUCGAACAACCUCGCCGCCGGCGCCAAGGCUCUCCUCGAAGCGGGAGCCGACCCGAACUUCCGCGGCGGGUCGGGCGAGACCGCGGCCGCUGUGGCGAGGGCGAGUGCCGCAGGCGACGUGUUGCGAGUUCUUGGCGCGCACGGCACCAAGCGCGCGGACGUGAACGUCCAGCGCAUCGUCGUCGAGGGCGGGGGCAGCUCUGAGGUCCAGGGCGAAUACGUCGCGACGCCGGCGUCCAAGAUCCCCACCGGCUUCGCGGCGGUAUGUGUCGGCCAGGGCUGGGACACGGCCGACACAUGGGCGCGCCUCAACGCGGGCAAGGCCUGGUUCGAGGCCCCGAACGGCGCCUACAUCUACCACAACCAGCUCGACGGCAUGUGGUGGAUUGACGCGCCGUCAGGCUCGGGCAUCUUCAAGGCUACCGGCCCGGUCCACGCGCCGCCCGCCGCGGGCUACGAGAUCAUCGGCGAGCACGCUGCUCCCGUCCCUUCGAUCCGCAUCUUCCGCGGCUAGAAUCAUAAGCAUGUGUACACC